CUCAGCAAGCUCCACGGCAGCGUUUUUUUAGCUCUCUCUAUUUUCUGCUGAUAUUACUUCUCUAAAUUCUUUUUUCUGUCCCUGAUCUUUAUUACUUGCUAUUACCUGAAAAGAAAAGAAAGAAAACUACCCUUCUUCCGUCUGUUUCUCUCUCCCCCCUCCACCCACUUCUCUCCCCCCCAUCUCCUCUUUCCUUUCCGUUGCUUGGAGCCAGGCAGAGAGAUACAGAGCAAUUUCUCCAACAAGGGGAAGAGAUUGAGUGUUUUCGGCCUGGGAGGCUUCAGGGCCUUUUGUAGGCCCCAUCGGCGCAUGCUGCUGCAAGCUCUGCAUAGCAAGGCCGCUUUUCCAACCUCCCGAAAACUGCCUGAAAAAUUCGCCAGCAGUGAGUUGACGGUCUGUGAUCAGCCGCCUCUCAUCUAUGGGCCACGGAGCCCCCACUGGAAGGACUUGAUUUUCCCGUGUCGGUGACGGCCGCUCUCGAGCCGCCCGUCCCGAUCGUCGAAGGGGCCGCGUCGAGUCUCCCGCCCUCGGGCUGCGAGACUUGCACUACCGCGGCCCGGCAUGCCACGCUGCUGCAGGCAGCUUGAAGUGGCUGUAAAGAGCACUUUUGGAGGCUCCUUAUUGCCAGCGCCCCACCAACCUCUGAAGAGAUUAGGCGGAUUGGCGAGGCUGGCUAGCAUCCUGACCAGCAGGGCAGCGAGGUCAUCACAGGCAUCUUCUGUUCCUCCUAAGAUGGCGAUGGCUGUGAAGAAUCCCUCCAUUUUACCUAAAGGAGCCGGUAAUGUAAAAGGGCGGGAAAAGCCUAAGACUGUGACUAUGGUGUUUGGCCAGCAGGGGGAGUCUGCUGCAGAGACUGGGCCUAAAGAAUCCAGAUCUAACUCUGCUGUUUUACCUAAGUCUGUGCUGCCACCUGAGUAACAAGCAUGGUUUCGCAAUGCAAUCAUUGGCACCAUCUACCAGGUUAGGCCCCCUAAGAGGAGUAAGAGAUCCACAAAAGGGAGAAGGCAUAGGUCACCCAGUGUGAGCUUCUCAUCUAGCGAGUCUGUCAGUCCUUCUCCCAAGAAGGCCAAAAUCAAGCUUAAGCAUAGUGAGCUGGGCAAGUUGGCUGGCAAGGUGGCACGGGACCAUUCCUCUGAUGCUUCCGAUCAGACUCGGGGGGCCCUAGGGGUUUACCUGCACCUCCCCCCCCCAAAAGUCAUUGCAAACUCAGAGAGCCCUAAUCUGCCUUCUGACUCUGAAGACCCAAUUAAUGCAGGGGGAGGUUUUGAUCCGGACCCAGAGACUCCGUUAGACAAGGAUGACGGGGAAUGGUCUGGAGGGGAGGCCACUGGUGAUGCCUCGGUGUCACAGUGCCUCUUUGUGGCAGAGGACUUCAGCCCACUCAUGUCCAGAAUUAUUAAUACAAUUGGACUGAAAUCAGAGGCUGGACAGAGUUCUGACUCUUGCGCCAAAGGGGACUAGGUCUUUCCUAGAGCACGCCCCAAGGACAUGCUGAUGCCCAUGCCAGAGUAGUUUGUGGAUGUAGUCAAACAGGAAUGUGAAAGACACGAUGCCUUCAACCAAUAAAAAGACUGAUAAACAGCCUUUCAAAAGGCUCUUCACUUUCAUAGCUUCCGGCCCUUCAUGGGCCGGGACAGAGAUGCAAAAUUCCAGAGGGGAUCUUGGAAUCGUCAGAGAGCACCCUUUAGAGGGUUUGGUACCUACAAACAGCAAGCUGCUCAGUCAAAGCAGCAAAAGCCACAACAAUGACUUGAAGCAUUUCAGGCUUGGAGGGCAUUUGUCUCACCUCGCCCCAGCCUGGGAAGAUUCAACCUCAGACAACUGGGUUCUGCAGCUGAUCCGUCACAGCUACAGGAUAGAGUUUCACUUCUCUCCCCCUGCUUCUUUAUCCCCACUCCAAGGUCAAAAGCAUUCUCAAAGCAUUUGCUGAUGGUCCAGGCGAUCCAACACCUCCUGGACAUCGGGGCAGUGGAGCCAGUGCCUCUAGCACAGGAGGGAGAGGGAGUUAAAACAAAACAAACAAACCAAAACAACAACAAAACAAAACACUUCUAUCCUAUUUACCGUCCCAAAAAGGGACGGCUCAAGGAGAGCUGUUUUAGACUUAAAGUUUUUUGAACAGAUGGGUCUGCAGAACUCAUUUCCAGAUGGAAACUCUAAGAGCAGUUUCAGAGGCACUCUUUCAUCUGGAUGUGCUGGCGUCCAUAGAUUUAAGGGAGGCCUACCUCCACCUUCCUAUACACCUGGAAAGCAGGCAGCACCUUUGGUUUAAAUAUGCUGGGAGGCAUUUUCAAUACAGCAGCCCCUCAUGUCUCCACAAAGUUGUUGGCGCCACUGGUGGCACAACUCCGUCAGAAAGGGAUUCGUUUGUUUGCAUAUAUAGUCAAUUUGUUGGUGCUAGCGAGAUCUCUCCCAGAGGCAGAACAGGACAUGGCCCUUAACUAUCGCAACACUCGAGAACCAUGGUUUCAUCAUAAAUGGAGAAAAGAGUCAAUUGACGCCAUGCCACAGGCUGUGCCAUUUGGGGGUAAUCAUAGUUACCUUAGUGGACCGCCUCUUGCUUCCACCAGACAGGUUACAGACUAUCCAGACAGAGGUUCACGUUCUAGCGAGUCCAAGAGUUCCUCUGGCUUCCUUGUCAAGACUGCUGAGCUUGAUGGUGGCCGCACCGAACUCGGUUCCGUGGGCUUGACUUCAUCUGCAUGACCUCCAGUGGUUUCUCCUACCCCACCAGAAGGCAAUCGUAAGGAAGUGUAGACUGCUUCUGAAGUUGCCACCAGACCUGCGUCGCUCUCUCUGCUGGUGGAUCAACUCCAACAACCUGAAUUGGGGAAAGAUCUUCUUGGACCCACAGAUGUUCAUCAUAACAACAGACGCAAGUGACAGGGGCUGGGGAGCCCACUGCCUCAACCAGUCGGCGCAGUGGCUAUGGAACAAGGAGGAGCGUUCUCACAACAUAAAUUGGAGGGAACUCCGUGCAAUUCACCUAGCGCUACUAGCAUUCCAGGAGAUCAUCCAAGGCACCAACAUAUUCGUAAAGACCGACAAUACGACGGCAAAGGUGUAUGUAAACAAGCAAUGGGGGACCAGGUCCAGGUCACUUCACCAGGAGACUGUCCUUAUGCUGUCCUGGGCAGAGAGCAACCUUCCUUCCCUGAUGGCAUACCAUGUCAAGGGAGAGCUGAACCUGGUUGCAGACUGGUUAAGCUGGGUUGACAUCCAACUGGGGGAGUGGGCUCUAAAUCCAUCAGUUUUCACCCAGAUAACAGAGAAGAUGGGCAUGCCCGAGGUAGACCUCUUCAUGACUCUGAAGAAUGCGCAAUUACCAGCGUUUAUGACUAGAUUUCCAUGCAGGGAGGCGAUGGCAGUGGAUGCCCUAUCCAGUCCAUGGCCAGACGCUCUCCUUUAUACGUAUCCUCCGACACCUUUGUUGGCCAGAGUCCUUCAAUGGAUGUGUCUUCGAGCAAGAGUACUUUUAGUGGCACCAUUCUGGCCUAGGAGACCCUGGUUUCCAGAGCUCCUCCAUCUGGCGGUUGAGCCACCUUGGGAUUUGCCUCAGACCCCGGACCUGCUCCAUCAGGGUCCAGUUUUACACCCGGAUCCAUGUUGGUUUCAGUUCACCGUUUGGAAACUGAGCGGUGAGUCCUCAGCCAACAUGGCUACUCGGAGGGAGUUCUCAGCACUAUGCUGGCGUCGCAAAGUCCAUCGACAGAGAGAAUUUAUCAAUAUACAUGGUGAGCACUCCUUUGCUGGAUGUCAUGCAACUCUGUUCCGAAGGGCACGGCUAAGUUAUGUCAUCUCCUGCUCUUCUUCCAAGAAGGGUUCAAAAGGGACUAUGUCCAAAUACCCUGAAACGGCAGGCGUUGCCGUUGGUGGAGUUGCUCUCAGCGGAAAAGGGCAAAAUAUCUGUCACAUCCUCACCAGCGUAGGUUCUUAUCAGGUGCCUCGCUGAUGUCACCUCCAACAGUACAUUUGUUACCCUCUUGGGAGCUACAUACUGUCCUCAAGGCAUUGCACGCUCACUCUUUUGAACCUUUGGCAGCUAUUCUGAAUAGCUGAUCAGGGUCUUAUCGUUUAAAUUGGCCUUUUUUGAUGGGCAUCACUUCUGCAAGGCUCAUCUCGGUGCUGCAGGCGCUGUCUGUAAAACAAGUCAUAUUGUAUAUUUCAGAAAGAGGCUGUCAGGCUCAUUCCGGACCCCUUCAUGAGGCCAAAGGUGGCGUCCCCCUUCCACCCAUCGUAAGAUGGGUUCCUACCUUCAUUCUGCCCCAAACCUGUCCAUCCUAUGGAGCGGAAAUGGCACAAAUUGGACAUUAAGCGAUGUCUUAAGGUCUAUAUUAGACGCUCAGCCUCAUUCAGAUUGUCAGACACUCUGUUUGCAUUCCAUGGGGGUCCCAGAUUCCUCGAACACUAUUGCAACGUGGAUUAUAGCGUGUAUAUCGAUGGCCUACGAGGUUCAGAAGUUGAGGCCACCAACGCAUCUCUCUGCACAUUCUACUAGAGCAGCAGCAGCGUUAGUGGCGUUUUCCACUAAUGCACCAGUUGAAGAGAUUUGCAAGGCGGCCACCUGGGCGUCGCCUUCCACUUUCACCAAACUUUACAAGAUCAAGGAUUUCACGUCUGCCCGGGCAACCUUUGGCAGAUGGGUCUUGCAACAAGUUCUUCCUCGCUAGUAGACCAAAGUGCUCCCACCCGAGUUGGACAUCUCGGCCCACCCAGUUGUGAUUUUGCGCUCUGGUCUACUUCUGUUGAAAUGGUGGAGACUGACAUUUAGUUCUACAGUUGGUUGCUACACUCUGUUAUUCUGGAAUGUUUAAACCUGUUUAUUCUGACCUGCUGUUUUCUACUGUUUUGUAUUGCCUUUGUCCUCUUAUGUCUCGGCCCGAAAGAACUGGGGCGGGGUUAUCCCCCUCAGGCUCUAGUGGGUGUGGCUUAGUUUUUUAACUAUUUACUUUCUGUCCUGCCUGGAGCUUUUGAGAGAGGAUAACCCAUGAGAUGUCCCUGGCCCCAGCAACCAG